CACGGUUACUGAGGGUUACUUUAGUUCUCUCUGCAUUGACUCAACCACCUCUUCACCACCUUUAACCACAGCAUUAGGAAAUGGGGCAAAUGCUUACUUCAAAAAACUAAACAGGACCCUAAUGACAAUGUCAAAGUUAUGCUCCGAUUAUGUCAACUGGACCCAUGUAAGCUUUUAACUGGAGGUCAAUGAUCUCUUGCCCUGUAUCAGAGCUGCGAGGAAGAGUGGGCAGUAUGAGUGAGCAGUAAGGAUUGGCAGAUCUACACCAAGAACUGACAGCAACUGCAGGAUCGUGUCCAGAAGACACCAAGAUUGAACGAUGAUACGUCAGUAGUUACAUCUUUGAAGAUCAGCUGAAACAUUUUACAUCACCAUGAUAUUCAUUCAGAAUGAGAGCUGUUGGUGGCAUAAAAUUGGUCCUAAGCCCUGAUCAAAUUCCCUCAAAAGCGAAUGUCACAAAUUGGAUACACUGCAUGAAAUACCUACAAAGAAGUGACAUCUGAGGUUGAUUUAUAUCUGUCACCAAGUCAAUAUGAAAAUGUCAUUUGGAGUUUGACAUUUGUUUUCAGUGGACACUUGCUAGACAUGAAACUAGCAAAUAUUCUGUGAUUAGAUAUCUGAAUGCAUGGAUGAAAAAGAUUUAAUCAAUGCAUCGUUGAAGACAAUGUUAAGAAAGGAUGGGAAGAGCACUAAGCUGAAGAACAUACUGGGAAGUUCAGAAUCAUUUUGGUCCAGUGACACAAUUCCUGAUCAAUCAGGUUCAAAUAUCCCUCUGGUCAGAACUGACAGGACUUCCAUUUAUAACCCAAGAACAUCACAUAGGGUUUCAUUUACCAAUGACAUACCUUAUUUUCACCGCAUUGAUAAGCACAAUGAAGAAAAGGUGUGUGAAUAUGAAAGAAAGGCAUCUGAACUAACCUUACCAGUUUCAUACAAUUUGAAGAAAUUAUUCCAACGAGUUAUUCCCUUUUCCAGAUGGUUUUCCAGGUACAGAGUGAAAGCAUGGUUCAUAGGAGACUUGCUGUCUGGAAUUAGUGUGGGUUUACUGACCAUCCCUCUGUCCCUUGCUUUUGCAGUCUGUGGUGGACAACCACCUAUUCAUGGUCUCUACACAAGUUUAGUUAGCACAGUUUUAUAUUGCUUGCUUGGCACGACAAAACACCUGUCCUAUGGAGCAUCUGCAUUCACCAGCCUGCUCAUUGCAAACGGCAUAAGUCAUAAUGAAACUCAUGAAGUGGAUUCUGACAGUGGCUGUAUUCCAACAUGUUCGAGGGAACUACAUGUGACUACUCUCACCUUUGUUUCAGGAAUUGUUUUAAUUUCAAUGGGAGCAUUUCACCUCAGUUUCAUAAGGAUAUACAUUUCCGAGCAUGUUAUGAAUGGUUUCAGAGCUGGAACAGCUUUGCAUUUAUUCACCAUCCUCCUAACUUUGAUACUUGGUAUUGAUCCACCAAUUCAUCAUGGCUCUUUAUCACUUGUCUAUAAGUGCAAGGUUAUAAUUGAAAAUAUUCAUGAAACACACACUGCCUCAGUAAUCACUGGUUUAGCCACUUUGGCACUUCUGAUGCCUUUUAAAGUUAUUAAUUCUCUUUAUAGCAGACAUCUCAUACCUAUAGAAUUUGUUGCAAUAGCUGCUUCCAUUUGGUUGUCAUUCUGGUUGGAACUAGAAAGUAGCCACAAUCUCAGGUUGAUAAAUGAUUAUCCUUUCACCUUACCAAAACCUGUUCUUCCUUCUUUCUCCUUAAUACCUGUUGUUGCUAAAGAUGCUGUUGCUGUUGCAUUGGUGACCUUUGCAGUGAGCAUUUCUCUGGGGAGAGAAAACUCCAAAAAACACAAUGAAACUUAUCACCCACACCAAGAGACAAUAGUUUUGGGGUCUUGUGACCUGCUACUCUCAUUUUUAGGGACUUUUGCAGCUUCUGGGGUUUGGGAACAAACAGUGGUUCAAGAAAAAACUUGGGGUCGAACCCAAGCAGCUGGACUGAUUGCAGCAAUCCUUUGUCUAACAGCUCUGCUUUGUGCAGAAAGCCUGCUUCCACUGGUGCCCAAAGCAGUUCUUGGUGCUAUUCUGAUUUCAAAUCUGGGCUGUUACCUCGAGUUCUUCUGGAAGUAUUGUUUUGCGUGCAAAAAGAAUAAAUAUGAGGUUUGGGCUGGAAUUAUAACAUUUGCAGCAGUUUGCAUCCUAGAUAUAGAUAUCGGUUUAGGAGUUGGAGCGCUUUUCUCAAUUUUGCUCACUCUACACAGGCUUCAGAGACCAUCCAAUGCCAUUUUUGGUCAUAUUCCCAACACAGAAAACUAUGCUGACCUCUCUGUUGAGAAAACUGCCAAAGAGAUCGUUGGAAUUAAAAUUAUAAAAACAUUUGAUUCUAUUUAUUAUGGGAAUAUUGAUUUUUUAUUGUCUUGGAUAAAACUUAAAGUCAAUUCUUAUCUUCAGUCUGGUAAUUUGGGAAGUAAUAAUGAGUUAUAUAGUGAAGAAGAUAAAUAUCAUAUGUUACUGGAAUCUACACAGUUCCUUGAAUUGGAUGAACAUGCUUUGAGACGAAUAAAUCAUACUGCAUUAUACAGACGUAAAAUAUCCAAACAAACUGCAGAUGUUCACACUGUAAUUUUGGAUUGUGGGUCAGUAAGCUUUGUGGAUGAUGAAGGAGUGAGUGCUUUGAUUUACCUGUCUGAGCAAUAUCAAAGUAUGGGAGUUAGCUUUAUCAUUGCCAGCUGUUCAAGCACAGUUCUGAAGAGUCUACAAGAACGUGGUUACUUCAAAUCAACAAGUCAAAGCUUUGCUUUCCGCAGCAUCCAUGAUGCUGUUCUAUAUGCCCUGCAACAAGCAGCAGAGAGAAACCAGAGCCCACGAGGAUCGGAGUACAUUUCUGAGACAAAUGGAGAAACAUUAAUUGAAUGCGACGCAGUUGAAAUUAAGGCAGAUCCUAACAUCAGCACAAAUACAGGGCUUUGCCAUGUGGAAGGAGGUGUGAGUAAUUCCCAUCAAAAGACUGGUGUCAAAUCAAGAAAUCAAAGAGUAAUCGAAUAUGAGACAGCUUUGUAACAAAAAUUUGUUUGAAUCUUUCAAACCAGCAUAGAAACUAUUAACACAAUGAUCUACAUCUGACAUUGCAUUUCUGUUGCAAUAGUUUGUUGGUUCCAUUUUCCCCGUUACAUAGUGGUAAAUUCAAAUGGACAGACUAAAAAAAAACACUUUUUCUGACAAAUGCUAUUUGCAUGUAGCAUCAAGGAAUAUCCAAGGAUGUCAACUGAUGAAUUUUGGCAGACAUUGCUGCAGAACGUGGUUAGGGCAACUGCUGAGGUCCAGAGUGUAAUGGCAGCAAUGCCCAUCAGCAUUUGGUUAAUAACUUAUUUCUGGCUUUGACACGUGCUGCUGUCUUCUUCAGAUGUUCCUGGAAGGACAAAGUGUGAGCUGGAGUGAAAUUGGAGUAUGUUGGGUUGGGAUCAUGCCUCAAUUUCUGACCAUCCCUCUAGAUGUCACACUCCCUUUUGGCACUGACAUUGUGGAGGUGGAAUACACCAGAUGAAAGUCAGGGAUCACUGAUUACAAUGAGAUACGGUUUCCAAGAUUUUUUAUUUGGGAGUGCACAGGUUUGUACUUGGCUCUUUCCAAAAUGGCUCAGGUGACAUUUGGAACUCCAUGGCACAGCAAAUUGGUGAUGACUGAUUAUUUAGAGACGUUUAUAUACAUGUAUAACAUUUUAUUGCUUUAUUGUGCUUUGGAAAGAUUACAUCAAUACAGCAGAUACACAUUACUGAAAUAUUUUGAUAAUUAUGUUUAUAAUGAUUAUUAAUUUUCCUGCCUUCUGUAGCAAGGAUGACAAAAUACUUCACACAGGAUGCCACAGCUGCUCUAUCCCUUCUUUAGAGAAAAGACACCCCAACCAGGAUUGUUCAAAACUAUCCAUCAAUUUUUUUUCCUAUCUUACUCUGACAUUGACCACAUGAGCUGUUGUUCUCUUUUCCUUUGUGCCCUUUUGAGCAACACUGCUAAUUUAAGCAACUGCAUGUUAUGAAAGCCAUAAUGGAAUUUGCCUGUAUUUACUAUUAGACAUGUGGGCAUGAAGUCUGUGUUCCAACUUUCAUGAAUUAUUAAAAACUGUGGCUGAAA